GUUGGGAGUACUAGUGAUAUUAACAAAAAGGGCGACAUCUUCCGAUCUUCUAUUGGUGUUCAGAUAAAUUUUUGAUAGUAUAUGCACUUACGAUUUUUUGAGAUAAUCCCGGGAACGCGAAAGUACCGUUGUAUUUAUACGCAUAAACGGGCUGCGAAAAAUAGAUGGCAUGUGCAAGGUGUCGCGACGAAAUCGACAGGCGUAUUAGUAAGAAUAAUAAUUCGCUCGGAGAGUUCGCAUACCACACUCGAACAUGAUAAAUCCGAAUGCCGAUUCGGAAUCUGUCGUAAGUAAUCCUACGGAACGAUUAGGCGCGCGACAGAAGUCGAGGCAUGGAACAAGCGGGAGAUUCGCAGCCUUUAUUUGGCGACGCGAGAACAAUUCGCGACAGGAAUGCAAGAGGAACGACACGGCGAACGACACCAAGGACAUGGAGCAUAAGUUAAAAAAUCCUUCGAAUAGCAAGGUGUCGUUCGAUUUUUUUAGGAAUAUCAAGAAACACUUGCAAAUAAAAAAUCUAUGCAAAUCCAAACGCAAGAGCAAAGAGACAGAUGUGGUAAACCCUUCUUCAAAUCAGAACAACGUUAGAUCUGUCAUUGAACCUUUUAACUCUUGCCAAGAGCAAGACCUUUUAAAUAGCGAGCAAGGAAUCUCAUCGAUCAGACAAUCAUUGAAUGGAAGUAGAUUGGGCAAUGUACUUGAAAAUUUCUGUCAUAGUACUGAAGAAAAUAUAGAAAAUAUUAAUACACAAUGUUAUGGUGCAACUGGCAUGAAUCUUCUUAUAGUUCCUACCAGGCAACGAGAUGAAUUGACACAUGACAUUGCAACUGUUUAUGCAACACCCAGUUGUUCUGAUGCUGUAAUGGCAGUUCCUAGUGCAAUAGCAAAAGUUCCUUAUAAUAUGAAUGAAACAAUAAGUAAUGAGCAUAAAGUUAAAGCAAAUCUCGCAAAAGAAUUGCUCAAUUUAAGUAAAUAUGGAUGGUAUUGGGGUCCUAUAUCAGGAGAUGAAGCUGAUGCCAAGCUCAUAUCUGAACCAGAUGGUGCAUUCUUGGUUCGAGACUCAUCAGAUGAUAGGUACGUUUUGACACUUAGUUUUAAAUCAUCUGGGAAGAUGCUGCACGCACGCAUGGAACACAGUGGCGGUCUAUUUUCUCUGUGCAAUCAAUGUACAGAGAGUGAAGGCUUUACUUCGGUGGCUGCUUUGAUAAAUCACUCCAUGAAUUUCAGUCAAUCUGCUGUCAUUUGUUAUUCGAGGCCGAAAUAUCCAGGAUAUCCAUCAUUUCCGGUUAGAUUAACAAAACCAGUUAGCAGGUUCACACAAGUAAGAAGUUUACAGUAUCUUUGUCGUUUUGUUAUCCGCCAAAAUACUAGAUUAGAUAAUAUACACAAGUUGCCUUUGCCAAAAACCAUCAAAGGAUAUAUUCAAGAAGCACACUAUUGAUAUCUAACAGACAAAAAGAUAAAUAUCAAAAGGAGAUUAAUAAAGUAAAAUUAUUUUUAUUAAAAAAACUUUCUAAGACAUGUAAUUAAAAGAGGAACUCUAUAGAAUGAAAUAGAUUUUUAUGAUGAAUUGGCAGCAUGCAUAAUGAUCUUUAAAUGUGUAUGUGCAUGUGUGUAUGCAUACACACAAACACACAUUGUAUAUAUAU